AACUUUUUUUUUUUCUCUUCAUGGCGUGAAAGCUUCGGCAUGACCCGUGCAGCACCCGCGCGCCAAAGCGCUUACCUUAUCUAAUCUUAUCUUAUCGCCCCCUCCAACCGUUUCCAGCCGUUGUCGUGCCAGCCAGCACGCCAAGGGAAACUGGAGUAAACACUGGACCUACGACCAGGAUUGUAACGUCAACGCUCCGUUUUAUGAAUCCACCGUCCUAAAUAAGUCUCGUCCACGAUCCAUUCUGUUCCUGCAUCUUUGUUUAAGCGAAAAGCAUAUCAUCGUGUUUAGCAGCAUCAUGGAGCGAAAAGCGUCUCAUAACCUGUUUGAGGUUUAUCUACGGCUACGGCCCCCGCCUACGCGACAUGGUGAUGGCGAUCGCAUUCUUGAUGUUGAGCCCGCGGAGGAUGGUUCACAUCCUAAGCAUAUUGUUCUGAAUCCGCCUACAGAUCGGCGCAGGGCGAUUGAGAAGUUCGCGUUCACCCAGGUUUUUGAGGAAGAUGCAACACAGCUCGAUGUCUUUCACUGCACAGAGAUCGUCCCCUUCGUUGAGGGCGUAUUGGCGCCUGAGGGCGGCGAGGGCACAGAUGCUGUCGUCGCUACUCUGGGAGUGACAGGUUCCGGCAAGACACAUACGAUCCUCGGAAGCAAAACACAACGCGGCCUGACCCAACUCACGAUGGACGUCCUCUUCCGCUCAAUCGGCGAAAACAUCCUCGAUCCCAACGCCGCUUUCACAGCUCAAGACUCCCUUCAAGCCAUCGACGGUACCGAGUCCUCCCUGACAACCGCGUCCCACUUCUUCGACCCUCCGUUUCGCGACUCAGUUGCUUCGCGAGCGCCCUCACGCGCUGGUACACCAAUGCUUCCCGACGGUGUUAUGUCCCCACCACCUCGACGAAUUACCGUGCGGCCCUCGGCUCUUCCUCAGCUCCCCGACGUGAGCAACAUCGACAUCUCCUGCGAUCCCUCAGCCGAAUAUGUCGUUAUCAUAUCGAUGUACGAAGUACACAACGACCGAAUCUACGACCUCCUUACUCCCGCUGUCAAAUCCGGCGCCACAAAAGAAGUGCGACGACGUCCUUUACUCUUCAAGUCAACAGAGCUAUCACCAGACCGAAAGGUUGUCGCUGGUCUUCGAAAGGUCAUUUGCUCUAGCUACAACGAAGCAUUGACGGUCAUCGAGACUGGUCUGCAGGAGCGACGAGUUACUGGUACCGGAAGCAACAGUGUUUCAAGCCGAAGCCAUGGAUUCUUUGUCUUUGAAGUCAAGAAGCGAACCCGCAGCAGAAGACCUGGCCCCUGGGAGGGCAACAAAUUCACCAUUGUUGAUCUGGCGGGCAGUGAGCGUGCGCGCGAAGCUAAGACGGCGGGUGCCACUCUUGCAGAGGCUGGUAAGAUCAACGAGAGUUUGAUGUACCUAGGUCAAUGUCUGCAGACACAGAGUGAGGCUGCUAGCUCAAGCAAGCCCAACAUCGUUCCCUUCAGACAAUGCAAACUCACUGAGCUCCUCUUCUCAAACUCGUUCCCCUCCUCUUCAACCUCUCACUCCCAAGCUCCUCGCCGCAACCCCCAAAGAGGUGUCAUGAUCGUCACCGCCGACCCUCGCGGCGACUUCAACGCCACAUCUCAAAUCCUUCGAUACAGCGCCCUUGCUCGUGAAGUUACAGUCCCUCGCGUCCCCUCAAUUACAACAACCAUUCUCGCCCAACCACCACAAAUGGCUCAAAACCGCUCCGUCAGCCCAACACAUCCUCACCCACGACCAUUUAUGCCCGCAGGUGGAGGAUCGUAUAGAAACUUCUCUCCACCAAUGAGCUCAGAUGAGCGUGCGACAAUGGAGAUUGCAGCGCUUGAGAUCGCGCGUCUUAGUGAGGAAGCGGAUCAAUUGCGCGAAGAGGUCGAUCGUCAAAGUGAAGCGCGCGUCGCAGCUGAAGCCCACCUUCUCACAAUGGAGGAUCGCAUGCUUGAUCUCGAAGCAGCCAUUCGCGAAGAGUGCGCCAUGGAGUUUGAGCAGCGUCUUGCGCUAGAGAUGGCCCGCUGGAAGAAUUCUAUGGCUAUAGAGCAAGAACGUACCGAAGAGCACUGGGACCGUAAAGUCGAAGUUCUCGAGCGCGGUCUCGCCUCUGACGAAGAUUGUGACAAAGAAAACGUUCUUCUCGAAGAUCUCGAAGAGGAAGUGGAUCGUCUCCGUCGUGAAAACAGUAUUCUCAAGCGUGAGCUCGCUUCCCGCAGCCCCACUAAGCGCAAGCCCCUCGAGGAGCGUGAGGACUUUGCGCCUUCGUCUAAGUCAUCUCGCGGCGAUAGCAUGACCAAUCUGGGACGCAAGCUGGAGCGCAUGCGUGUCAGUGGUGAAAAGGCACGCCCGGUACCUGUCAAUGGGAACAGCAGUCCAAAGAAGAUGCGAAAGUUGGGGGCGAAGAAGUGGGAGCAUGAGGAAGAUGAGCUGUCUUAGUAUGUCUAGCUGUGAGCGUGCUUCUCAGGGUCAUGGAUGGGAUGGGAUGGGAUGGUAUGGAUGGUCGGUUUGUGUUACUGGUAUAGAAUUGGUUCGGAUUGGAUGGGUCGGACGGAUAAUGGAUGGAGUAUACCCUUUGCGUAAUGUCGUGCAAGUUCAUAGCAUCGUAAUCCAGUUUUUUGUUGUUUGUUCGCUGUAGUCUCCAGUGCCUCCAAUUACCUUCAAUCGAGACUUUCUUCGGC